AUGGACGCCAAGCCCAAGCUUGCAUUCUCCUUCAAGAAGACCGUUCCCUCCAUUGGAUCUAACGGUGUCUCGGCAUUCUCAGGCAAUGGGCUUAACCAAGCUUCAAGCUCGAGCUCUCAGGCAUCCUCGAAGUCGCAAGCACCUAAGACGACGCCCAUUACCGGGUUCGGCGGAGAUGAUUCGGGCGGCGAAGAUGAUGAGGAUGUAGCGUCUGCUGCAAGCGGGAGCAGGCAAAGUCAGUCAAGCUCCAAGACCAAACGGAAUAAAUUCGGCAUGGGUGCGGUCCCGCCUUCGAAAGCUUCCGCCGCUAGACAAGCGGAAGCAUUGCAGCUUGAUGCUAACAUCAAUGAUUACGAUGGGGUUUGGGAUGCCAUGAAGAGUGCAGAGAAGGAAAAGCAAGCAUUGAUAGACGAGCAAGCCAAAACUCGAGAGGUGCGUGACGUCGGAACGCUUUCUUGGCCAUCAAGUGUCUUGCUGACGCCAAUGAUCCCUCGCGCCACUCUCCCAGUCCAAAUACUCCUCCGCCUUUGCAGCUUCUGCGACGAGGAGAAAGAUUGACAGAGCGAGAGCAGAGGCGAAGAAGAUCGCUAGGGAACGAGACGCGGAAGGCGCUGAAUAUGGAGAUACGGAGGAAUUUGUUACCGAAGCUUACAAAAAGCAGAUGGAGGAGAUUGCAGAGAUGGAGAAGCGCGAAGAGGAGGAAGAGAGUGAGUGAAGAGUGGCGCGAUGCCGCUCCGACACAAGCGCUUGCUAACACUCGUCCUAUAGAACGCAACAGGGCCGCCAAAGCUGGUGGUAUGGCCACUUUCCAAAAGGAUAUGCUAGCAUCCAGAGCUUCGGCGCACGAUGCGGCCGUUGCUGCUUCUCUCAGGCCUCAAGAAGAUGGCAAAGACGCGGCUGCGUCAAGAGGAACACAAGAGACAGCCGAGGAGAAUGCAAGUGCGACUUCUCAUCGCAAGCUUGCGGAAGAAGCACGGGCGAAGGGCUUGGAUGUGAGGCUGAACGAUGAUGGAGAGCUGGUCGACGAGAGGUCUGUGCUGUCCGCUGGCCUCAAUCACGUCUCCAGACGCGCUAA